AUGGGGUGCGAGAAUAUUGAAUUCGAUCAAGGAUGGGGAGAGAUGGAGAAGGGGAUCGAAAAGCUGAAGAGAAUUUUGGCAGGAGAGAAAGAAACUCCAUUUACCUCGAGAGAAUAUAUGACGCUUUACACAACAAUCUACAAUAUGUGCAAUCAAAAGGCGCCUCACGAUUAUUCCGAACAGCUUUAUGACAAGUACAAAGAGACACUUGAUGAAUAUAUUACUUCAAUAGUAUUGCCAUCUUUAAAAGACAAGCAUGAUGAGUUCAUGCUAAGGGAGCUUGUUGAAAGAUGGCUGAAUCAUAAAAUAAUGGUCAAGUGGCUAACACGCUUCUUCCAUUACCUUGAUCGCUACUUCAUUAUCCAGAAAUCAGUCCCCGCACUUAAUGAAGUUGGGACGACCUGCUUCCUUAAUUUGAUAUACGAGGACGUGCAUCCCACAAUCCAAGAUAUUGUACUCUCCCUUAUUGAUAAAGAACGCGAGGGAGAUCAAAUAGACCGAGCAUUACUUAAGAAUGCUUUAGAAAUUUUUAUUGAGAUGGGCAUGGGACAAAUGAAUCGUUAUCAAGAUGAUUUUGAAGCACGCUUUCUUCAGGAAACGACUAAUUACUAUUCACGGAAGGCGUCAAAAUGGAUUGAGGAAGAUUCUUGUCCAGAUUACUUGCUGAAGUCUGAAGAAUGCUUAAAGAAGGAAGAGGACAGAGUGUCUAGUUACCUGCAUUCAAGCAGCGAGACAAAAUUGAUAAAGAAAGUGCAACAUGAGUUGUUGGUCGUAUACGUUAACCAACUACUUGAAAAGGAGGAUUCAGGGAUCAAGGUUUUGUUUAGAGAUGACAAGGUGGAUGAUCUUUCUAGGACGUACAGGGUUUAUAAUAAAAUAUCUCAAGGCCUGGAUCUUUUUGCUAAUGUAUUCAAGCAGCAUGUUACUAUUGAGGGUACAGCCUUUGUUCAACAGGCAGAAGAGGCUACAAGUAACCAGGCCUCAAAUACUCCUGGUGGGCACGAACAGGUCCUUGUAAAGAAUAUACUUGAGCUGCAUGAUAGCUUUCAAAAUCAUAAUUUGUUCCAAAAGCUUUGUCGAAAUGUUCAAUAUGCCUUAAAAGAGGCUUUUGAGGUAUUUUGCAACAAAACUGUUAAUGGCAGCCCAAGUGCAGAGAUUUUGGCUUCUUUCGCUGAUCAUAUCCUCAGGAAGGGUGGGAGUGAGAAAUUAAGUGAUGAAGUCAUUGAAGAAACACUUGAGAAGGUAGUUAAGUUGCUGCAAUAUGUCAUCGAUAAGGACGUCUUUGCUGAAUUCUACAGGAAAAAACUUGCUCGGCGACUCCUUUUUGACCGCGGUACUAAUGAUGAUCAUGAAAGGAGUAUUCUGAGUAAGCUCAAACAGCAGUUCGGUGCACCGCUCACCUCAAAGAUGGAGGGCAUGGUCACAGAUGUGGUACUGGCAAAGGAAAACCAGAGCAGCUUCCAGGAAUAUCUUAGGAAUAACCCAGAUGUACAUCCUGGGCUUGAUUUUACAGUUACUGUUCUUACCACCGGAUUCUGGCCAAGUUAUAAAUGGUUUGAUCUCUCUCUCCCUUCUGAGAUGAAUUCAUUGUUUCAAAUCAAGUGUGUAGAAGUUUUCAAAGGAUUUUACGAAACUAAAACAAAACACAGAAAGCUUACAUGGAUAUUCUCACUUGGAACUUCCCACAUUAAUGGCAAGUUCGAGCCAAAACCCAUAGAACUGAUUGUUUCAACUCAUCAGGCUGCGGUCCUUCUGCUUUUUAACGCGUCAGAACGGCUAAGCUAUUCGGAGAUCGUGGCUCAAUUGAACCUGGCUCACGAUGACUUGAUCAGGUUACUGCAUUCGCUGUCAUGUGCAAAGUAUAAGAUUCUAAAUAAAGAGCCAAGCUCAAAGUCCAUCUCGCAGAGUGACAGCUUCAAGUUCAAUCCUAACUUUACUGACAAGAUGAGGAGGAUUAAGGUUCCUCUCCCUCCAGUGGAUGAAAGGAAGAAAGUAAUUGAAGAUGUGGAUAAAGAUCGGCCUUACGCCAUUGACGCCGCCAUUGUGCGCAUAAUGAAGAGUAGGAAAGUUAUGACACACCAACAAUUAAUUUCGGAGACCAUCGAGCAGUUGAGUCGCAUGUUUAAGCCUAAUAUUAAAGCCAUCAAGAAGCGAGUAGAAGAUCUGAUCACGCGAGACUAUAUGGAAAGAGACCGUGACAAUUCACACAUGUUUAGGUAUUUGGCCUAG